AGUGUAUAUAAGGCUCAUGUGCAUGUUACUAGCCAUUCACUACCUUGUUGCUUCACUAAGUUCACCUCCUUCUAGAAAACACGAGCUGCAAUGCGUCACCUCCUCCUGCUAGGACUCUUCGCGGUCAACCUCCUCCUGUUCGCCGAGUCCUUCAUCCUUCCUCCUGGCUACGCUCCUCCGGUCUUCCCUUUGCUUCCUCUGCCACACCUCCCGCUGCUGGGUGUUGUGAACGAAGGCGGGCUGAUGCCUCUUCUGGUGUCUACGUUGAUGGCGAUGCACGCCGGCACCAUCAUAGCCCUCUUCGUCACCGGAGGCUACCGCAGGAAAAGGUCGGCCUCGGAGGACUUUACGGAUCCCGUGUACCUCAUCAUGACCGCCGUCAGCCGUCUGGACACUCACGGCUGCAUCCUGAAGUUGCUGUGCCAGUUGAGAGCCGACUCUCCCGACAACCUUUCUGCAGAAGAGCGGAUUAUCGUUGAAAUCUUCGCCGAUCACCUCGAUCUCUUCGCCAAGAACGGGGCCGGCGAGUCCUCUGCCCUCGGUGAGGACGGUCAUGUGCAGGGCCAGGAUGUGUGCGCCUCUUCUGAUGAUCGCUGUCCGGUUGCAGGAGAUCUACUGAGGAGUCUGUCGCGGCAGGUCUGGGGAAGCAGCUUCUUCUAAGCCAAGACCAUCAACAGACGAUCAAAUAAUGCUGGUUCUGAUGUAUUUAAAGUGUGAGGAUGUUCGUGACAGUUCAUUUUUAUUCCUGUCCAGUGAUGCGUGUUUAUCCAUACAUUAGGCCGUACCCCCCAUUAUAAGGAUGGUUUCUAGACAAGGCCCCUCUCAUUUCUCCCUCAUCUCUCCUUUCCAUCAAACGUUCAUCCCAACUCCUACAGACCCACAUGUAGACUGUUUGCACGCCCGGGUAUGAUGAAACCAAAAGGGGACAUGAAAUCAUUUUUUAAAGUUAUUUACAUGGAUAUAUAGAUAUUGCACUUCUUUCAUCCCAUCUGUAUAUAUUAACCCCUGCCAUGGAUCUCAGUCACACAGGGAGUUUAUUUAUAUAGUUUAAGCUUUAACAUCCCUCACACUGAACACGAAUAAAUUAUUUUUGAUAAUGCUAAAACUGCAACAAAACUAUAGUAUAUUUCGUUUGUCUGUUGUUGAUUUAUAUAUGUUUAUGAUAUUUACCUGUUGUUUGUUGUUGCUGUAUAUAUUUUUGUUGUUAUUUAGUUGUUAUGUUUAUUUAUUUGUAAGUCUAGAGUGUGGAAAGUUUAUAUCUAAACUCUCUCUCUCUCUCUCUCU